UUUCUUCUUUGUCUCUUAGUGUACCAUUCAUACACACCUAUACAUAUAGAUAUAUAUAGACAUAUGAAUAUGUAAAGGAACACAAGAGAUUUGUAUGAAAAUGGGGUUUUUUUUUUUUUGUUGAUUAAUGAAUGAAGGAGUGAUGAUGAUGUCUAGUAGGGGGUAUGGUGGUGGAACAGGCGGCGGUACAAGGUGUCAAGAUUGUGGUAACCAAGCUAAAAAAGACUGUAAUUAUAUGAGGUGUAGGACUUGUUGUAGAAGCAAAGGAUUUGAAUGCCAAACUCAUAUUAAAAGCACUUGGGUUCCUGCUUAUAGAAGGCGUCACCGUCACCAUCAUCAGCACCAACAACAGCCUCUGCAACAUAACCCUAAAAGGCUUAGGGAAAAUCCUUCUUCAGGGUUAGAAGUAGGGGAUUUUCCGGCUGAAGUUACAUCACCGGCGACAUUCCGGUGUGUUCGAGUGUGUUCAAUGGAAGAUACCACGGCAGGGGGUGAUCAGUAUGCUUAUCGGACGGCUGUGAUGAUAGGAGGCCAUGUUUUUAAAGGUAUACUAUAUGAUCAAGGACCAGAUCAAGGUCAUUACUCACUUGGAGAAUGUUCAUCUAGAGAGACUCCAUUACAACAGCCAAAUCAAGCUUUAACAAUGGCGACUGCUAAUACUGCUACAGCUUCAGCUACUGAAACUCUACUUCCUUUUGCAUAUCCAUCUCCUUUCAAUGCUGCUUUCAUGUCUGCAGGUACGCAAUUUUUCCUUCACCCAAAAUCUUAAUAAAAAAAAAGAAGAAGAAAAAUCCCAACAUUUUGUAUAUGGGGAAAGUGAAAAUUUGAAGAAGAAAAAAAAAAACCCUUAUUUUGUAAUCAUCUUUUGGAAUCUAAAAAUCCCCCAUUAUUAUCAUAGAGCAAGCUUUUCAUUCGCAGUACUUACCCUAGUGCAUGUAUCUGAUAUAUUCAACACACAAAAAAAAAAAAAAACUUUUAAAAAGGGAAAUAAACAAACAAGAGCGGGGUGGGGGAGUAAAUUAAGAAGAUGAUGAAGUUUAUUUAAAUUUUUGUAAAUCUCUUUGUUUACAAACUUCAAGACCUGCAAUUAUAUGAUCUUGUCUCUCUUGUAAUAUUAAAAAUGGGGGUUUAGCUGUUUUGUCUUCUUCCUUGUUCUUAUUCAUCUCUUUCAUUUGUUUAUCAACUUCAAAGCCACUUUUUCUUACAAAACUAAAGCACUACUUAACAUAUGUUUUAUGAUGAUUAACUCUUAUAUACAUAUAUAUACACAUGUAUAUAUGUAUGUAUAUGUAUGAAUUUGUUUAAAUUUCCCAAUGCAUGAGAAUCAAACUUAGGUAACAAAAAGAUUAAUAUAUCAGAUAAUGAAAAAUUUGCAGAUAAAAGGGGGAGAAGGUUCAUUUCAUGUGCAAAGAAAGACUUAAAAUCAUGAAUUUUGUAUACUACAUAAUUUUCUUUUAAUAAUUUUGUUAUAGAUUCUAAUAAUAUCUGUUUUCUUUUAAUACGAUAUCUAGAAU